AUGGGUAUCAAGGGAAUUUACGGGGAGAUUGGACCCGGAGAAAGAGUAGCUCUUUCGAAAAUCUCGAUCGAGAAAUAUGAGAAAACUGGAAUUCCUUUGCGGAUAGCAAUCGAUAUCUCGAUAUGGAACUUCCAAAUUCAGUCUGGUCAAGGUGGUACGAAUCCGGCGCUGCGAACACUGUACUAUCGACUUCUUCGCCUUCUUUCUAUUUCCGUACAGCCAUUGUUUGUCUUUGAUGGGCCUCACAAACCACCCGUCAAGCGUAACAAGCAAACGGGGCGCGGCGGUGCUUCCAUCCCGGAUUUGAUGACUAAAGAACUACUUAAAUUAUUCGGGUUUGCAUAUCAUAUUGCUCCUGGAGAAGCUGAAGCAGAGUGUGCUCUUCUACAGCGUGAAGGGGUUGUAGAUGCUGUGCUGAGUGAAGAUGUCGAUACACUUAUGUUUGGAAGUGGGCUGACAUUCCGAAGCUGGUCUGCUGGAGCAACGGAGAAGAAGAGUGGUGCUGGUUCACCAACACAUGUUAAUGUUUAUGAUGCUAAAGCUACUAAAGCCGGUAAAUCAGGACUGGAUCGUGAAGGGAUGAUUCUAGUAGCUUUGAUGAGUGGUGGCGAUUAUAAAACCGAAGGAAUUCCUGGAUGUGGUGUGAAGGUUGCUUGUGAAGCUGCUAGAGCCGGCUUUGGAAAGAGGUUGUGUCAGAUUCGAAGAGAGGACGUAGCCGCGUAUGAUAAAUGGAGAGCAGAUUUGGCUCACGAAUUAUUCACAAACGAAAGCAAGUUCUUUAGAACUAAACGAAAGGCUCUACAAAUCCCUGAAGAUUUCCCGGAUCGUAAAGUUCUGGGUUACUAUACACAUCCUGUUGUUUCAUCUUUGGCCAAGAUUGAAAGGCUUCGGGACCAGAUUGUAUGGGAAGGAGAGAUUAAUAUUCCAAGACUUCAAAAUUUCGUCGGCGAUGCAUUUGAAUGGAAAGGGAAAGAGGGGGCAAAAAAGUUUGUACGAGGUUUAGCACCAGUUUUGUUGCUCACAAAACUUCGUCAACGUGGAGAUCGUCAAGAUUCCGGAUACGAUGACCCUAUGCUUACAAAAAUUAACGAGAUGAAAUUGGUAAAGUCUAUCUGCGGCCAAAGAAGACAUGUCACUACGGAUGAAGUUCCAGAAUUGAGAGUCAUCUACCAGCCUCUUGAAAUCGUUAAUAUUGAUCUAGAUGAAGAAGACGAUGAGGUUGAAGACUACGGAAGAGAUGGAUUGGCCCCUCUUCUUGAGGAUGAUCAAAUUCAGGCGUACGCAUCGGAUGAUGCGGCACCAACUGAUACUCCACGAAAACGUGGUCCUUCUCCAUAUGAUCCCACAAAAGCGGAUAAAUUAUGGAUAUUUGAGUCUAUUGUUAAGGUUGGCGUACCACUUACUGUAGAGGACUAUGAAGAAGCUCUUCGAGACCCUAAAAAGGCCUUGAAACAAAAGGCUGCUGCAAAAAGAGCAGCAACUAAAACCACCAAGCCUAGAGCAUCAAGUCAAAGUACCGGUGGCAUGUCUAAGAGUGCAAUGGAUCGUUUUGUCGAGAGAUCAGAAAGAGGCAUCAGGCCUACAGCCAAAGCACUGAGUCAGCCUACCCAAAAUAUCGAACUAUCGGAAGAUGACCUACCACCUCAAUUCUUGGCUCCAAGUAUUAGAAGUCCUAAGUCACCAGUACCAGUAGUGACAAAGAAACGACUCAUACGCGGUCAUAAACCCGCUGCUGUCAAAGAGAAGGAAAACCCAAGGUUGAAUCCAUGGGCUACAUCUCAAUCAUCAUUUUCUCAACCUUUACCUCAAAUUACAAAGGCCUCACGUCUUCGAAAACCCUCAACUCCAACUAAAACAUUUCAACCCUAUGGCUCGAUGAGUCCAAGUCCCAAACCUCAAUACAUCCCUUCACCACUCUCCAGACAAAAGCAUCGACAACAACAUGUUUCCUUAAGUGAUGACGAAGCGGAUGAGCCAUCUCUCCCACUUAACAGAACUCCAGUCUACAGCGAUCGACCCUCUCCACAGAAAAGGCGGUCUUCACCCCCAACAAACACAAGAUCAGGCCUCUCUUCACCUCUAGCAGCUCUCCAUACGAAUCCGAGCACCCGCCCACCACUCACUCCCCAACCCACAAACCGUAAAAUCAAUUUUUCACUACACUCUUCAAGCAAUAAAUCUUCUUCCUCGGGCUGCUCAUCCAUCUCCAAGUCUUCCUACAAAACUGCUCCUUCGCAAAAUUACUCACCAGGAAGAAUCAUCGACCUCACUUCCUCCCCUCCCGGAACCCCAUCCGCCUUUCCCGAACCAUUGAUCCAAGAUUUCGAUGACUCUCCCAGAUAUCCCAAACUUGUUAUUCCAUCUAGUUCUCCCCUGCCAAUGAAAAUGAGUCCGCAAUAUAACAAUCACGAUUACGCUUACGAUUACGAACAUAGCCAUGAUCAUAAUAACACUUACACACCCACAUACCACACCACCAUCAACAUCAACACUACAAUCUACAACAUCACCAAUUCCCCCUCCCAUUCACCCCUCAAACCUAAAUCUCUCAAAUUCCUUUCGCGACGAACCCCGCAAGGAGAAGAAGAAAAAGAAGGAGAACAAAUCAACGAAAUUGAAACGAUAAGGGAACAAACAAUCGAAACGGAAAUAGUCGAGGAAAAUGUAUCGUUUGAUAGAGGGAAAAGGGAGAAAAAUACGAGGAGAUAUAUUAUGCUGCGCGAAUCGUUACCUGGGUCGUGGAGGGAAGUGGGGAGGGAGGAGUUGGUGGAGGGGAGGAGUAGAGCGUGGAGGGCGGAGGAGGUGGAAGUUUUGGAUUUGACGGGGGAGUAA